AUGGAUAUAGCAACAGGUCCCGAGUCGCUGGAGAGGUGCUUCCCCCGCGGGCAGACGGAUUGCGCCAAGAUGCUGGACGGCAUCAAGAUGGAGGAGCACGCCCUGCGCCCCGGGCCCGCCACUCUGGGGGUGCUACUGGGCUCCGACUGCCCGCAUCCCGCCGUCUGCGAGGGCUGCCAGCGGCCCAUCUCCGACCGCUUCCUGAUGCGAGUCAACGAGUCGUCCUGGCACGAGGAGUGUUUGCAGUGCGCGGCGUGUCAGCAAGCCCUCACCACCAGCUGCUACUUCCGGGAUCGGAAACUGUACUGCAAACAAGACUACCAACAGCUCUUCGCAGCCAAGUGCAGCGGCUGCAUGGAGAAGAUCGCCCCCACAGAGUUCGUGAUGCGGGCGCUGGAAUGUGUGUACCACCUGGGCUGCUUCUGCUGCUGCGUGUGCGAGCGGCAGCUCCGCAAGGGCGACGAGUUUGUGCUCAAGGAGGGCCAGCUGCUGUGCAAGGGGGACUACGAGAAGGAGAAGGACCUGCUCAGCUCCGUGAGUCCCGACGAGUCCGACUCUGUAAAGAGCGAGGACGAGGAUGGGGACAUGAAGCCGGCCAAGGGGCAGGGCAGCCAGAGUAAAGGCAGUGGGGACGACGGGAAGGACCCCCGGAGGCCCAAGCGACCCCGGACUAUCCUCACCACGCAGCAGCGAAGAGCCUUCAAGGCCUCCUUUGAGGUGUCCUCCAAGCCCUGCCGAAAGGUCCGCGAGACGCUGGCAGCAGAGACGGGCCUCAGCGUGCGCGUGGUCCAAGUCUGGUUUCAGAACCAAAGAGCCAAGAUGAAGAAGUUGGCACGGCGGCACCAGCAGCAGCAGGAGCAGCAGAACUCCCAGCGGCUGGGCCAAGAGGUCCUGUCGAGUCGCAUGGAGGGCAUGAUGGCCUCCUACACGCCAUUGGCCCCCCCACAACAGCAGAUCGUGGCCAUGGAGCAGAGUCCCUACGGCAGCAGCGACCCUUUCCAGCAGGGCCUCACGCCGCCCCAAAUGCCAGGGAACGACUCCAUCUUCCACGACAUCGACAGCGAUACCUCCUUAACCAGCCUCAGCGACUGCUUCCUCGGCUCCUCGGACGUGGGCUCCCUGCAGGCCCGCGUGGGGAACCCCAUCGACCGGCUCUACUCCAUGCAGAGUUCCUACUUCGCCUCCUGAGAGCCAGCCGGCCACAUGGACGCUUGGGCCAGGGUCGUGGGGUGGGCCUGCAGCCGCCGCGGCCAACCCCCCGCCCGCACAGACUCUACACACAGCCAUACGGUGCCCUUCCCCUGGGCCAGCCGGGCAGGCAGAUGGGCGCAGCCUGGGCAGGGCCGCGUCCUGCCCACAGAGACCGUGUCACCCCAGGGGCCCAGAGUCUCAGAAAGCCAC